UAAUGAAAACAUUUCCUAUUUCCUAUUCUAAUUUAUUUAUUGGGAUUGAUUUUUAUUUAUUUAUUUAUUCUUCGUUGGUUCGGUGCGUGAGGCGGCCAAAGAAGAGAUUUUUAAUUAUAGAAAGGAAAAAAAAGAUGUCCCUUCGUGAGAGAUUAUUUCUCUAAUAUAGUAUCACAACUCCAAUCCAGAGUUCCUUUUUGUUGUUCGAUUAUCUUCCUCUGCUGGGUUCUCUCUUUUUUCCUUCUAAUUCCUCAGUUUUGCUAUCUGUUUUGCUCGGUUUCUUGUCUUUCUCAUCUGGGUUGCUGAGUUUCAAUUUGGAGUGUUUUUAGGUUUGGUUUUGAGCGUUUCACACGAGAAUUUGGGGCUUUUUGGUGAUUUGCUAAGUUGGGAUCCAUAGAUUUGUAGCAAAGUUUAGGGUUUUGCUCUUUGAUUGGAUUGUGUAGAGGUUUCUAGGUUUAAGGAGGCAUUGCGUAAUUGCUCCUGCUCUAGGGGAAAGCGAUUUAGUUGUCGAUUUUUUCAAACAUAUAUUGAGGGGUCUUGGCAUGUAUGCAUGAUGUUUCAUGCUCAAGGUCCUUUAAGGAAUCAUUGUACUCUCCUUGCUGUUCUUUGUGGUAAAAGUGGUGAGCAGAAACUGCCUCUCUCUGAUGAUAAACCCAGAUACCCUUUACCGGAACUUGCAUCUACUGGGCGGCUUCAGGUUCAGGUACUGAAUAAUCCGAGCACUGAUGAGUUUCGGCAAGUGCUGCAGUCUCUGGAGGCCAGCAUUGUGUAUUUUCAAGGUGAGCAGGUUGAAGAUAGAGAAGAAAUUGGAUCUCUAAGAUGGGCAGAUGUUGAUUUGUCCACUCCAGAAUCCUUAUGUGGAUUAUUUGGUUCCACGUUGCCUCCCACGGUUUAUUUAGAGAUCCCCAAUGGUGAAAAGAUGGCCGAGGCGCUUCACUCCAAGGGAGUUCCAUAUGUUAUAUAUUGGAAAAGUGCCUUUUCAUGUUAUGCUGCUUCUCACUUUCGGCAAGCAUUGUUGUCAGUGGUUCAAAGUUCUUGCAGCCAUACAUGUGAUGCAUUCCAACUUGCUCAUGCAUCUUUUAGACUCUACUGUGUACAGAACAACAAUACCCGAGCUUCCAAUAGCCAAAAAGUUGGUGGUAAACCCGGACCGCGGUUACUUGGGGAUCCUCCGAAGUUUGAUAUUUCUCUCCCUGAGGCAGAUGAUCAGGGUGAAGAGGGCUCUUCUGGGGCUCUUCCUGCUAUAAAAAUAUAUGAUGAUGAUGUGACCAUGAGGUUUCUUGUUUGUGGACUGACAGGCACAUUGGAUGCAUGUGCGCUGGGAUCUUUGGAGGAUGGGCUCAAUGCUCUCCUGAACAUUGAAAUUCGUGGGAGUAAACUUCAUAAUCGCACAAGUGCUCCUCCUCCCCCCCUUCAGGCAGGGACAUUUUCUCGUGGUGUAGUGACAAUGCGAUGUGAUUUAUCAACCUGUAGUUCUGCUCACAUAUCACUACUAGUGUCUGGCAGUGCACAAAAUUGUUUUAAUGAUCAGCUUUUAGAGAAUCAUAUUAAAAGUGAGCUUAUUGAGAACAGUCAGCUAGUCCAUGCAUUGACUAGCUUUGAGGAAAGCAAAUCACCUUCAUCUGAGCCACGAAAGUCUGCAUCCAUAGCCUGUGGGGCAAGUGUUUUUGAAGUUUCCAUGAAGGUUCCUACUUGGGCAUCACAGGUUUUGCGGCAGCUGGCCCCAGAUGUAACCUACCGCAGCUUAGUCAUGCUAGGAAUUGCUAGCAUUCAAGGACUGUCAGUUGCUUCUUUUGAAAAAGAUGAUGCUGAUCGCCUCCUUUUCUUCUGUACAAAGCAGAGCAAAGAUCCCCAUCCACACAACCCUGUUCUCACUAGGCAUCCUAGCUGGUUGAUUCCUCCUGCCCCUUGUCGAAAAAGAUCUGAGCCUUCCCGAGAAACUAAACCCUUGACUUUUGGCUGUGGAGGUGAAAAUGGAGGGAAUUUUAAACAGAAGUUGUAUGUUGCUGCAAUGAGGCCAAUACCUCACACUCGUCGUCAUAAAAUGCAACCAUUUUCUGGAUUUUUGGAGGCAGAAAGAUAUGAUGGAGAACAAACAAAACCAAGCUUGCCGCCUCCACCAAAGCAUAGUGUUGUUGGGCCUGCACCUGUCACGCAUCGAAAAUCAUUGUCAAACUCUUAUCAGGCUCAGCAGAUUAUUUCUCUAAAUCCACUGCCUUUGAAGAAACAUGGUUGUGGCAGAUCUCCAAUACAUGCUUGCCCUGAGGAGGAAUUCUUGAGGGAUGUAAUGCAGUUCUUGAUUCUUCGUGGUCAUUCUCGUCUUGUUCCUCAAGGUGGACUGGCUGAAUUUCCUGAUGCUAUUCUCAAUGCAAAACGCCUUGACCUGUUUAACUUGUAUAGAGAGGUGGUUUCAAGAGGAGGUUUUCAUGUUGGGAAUGGAAUCAACUGGAAAGGACAAGUUUUCUCAAAGAUGCGCAAUCAUACAUUGACUAAUAGAAUGACUGGUGUUGGCAAUACACUGAAAAGGCACUAUGAGACUUACCUUUUGGAAUAUGAAUUGGCCCAUGAUGAUGUAGAUGGAGAAUGUUGCUUGUUGUGUCACAGUAGUGCAGCUGGUGAUUGGGUUAAUUGUGGAAUAUGUGGCGAGUGGGCUCACUUCGGCUGUGAUAGGAGGCAGGGACUCGGUGCCUUCAAGGACUAUGCCAAGACAGACGGGCUGGAAUAUAUUUGUCCUCACUGCAGCAUCGCAAAUUUCAAGAAAAAAUCCCAGAAAAAUGCAAAUGGAUAUUAGCAAGCUGGCCUGAAUUCCCAGUAUCUCUUUCUUCUUUUUCGGUGGUUUCUUCUCCCUCAACAUAAAUGCAUGAGAUAAAAGAGUAGGAGGAAUGUAAUUAUAGUAGUGUUAUCUAGCCCAUUGUUGUUUCCAUACAAGAUUAAGCCAUCAAGAAGCCAACCCAAUUUUCCCCCACGCUUGUCACGUGCUCUGGAAAGGCCAAUAAACUAGUUGCAGAGUAUACGUCUCUUCUUUCUAUUUUUAGCUGAAAUUUAAUUUGAGCAGGUAGUUCUGUUGAAUAUUUGAAUUUAAACGCUACAAAGACCUUCUCUUUGGGCCGUUCCUUCUAAACUUUGCGAACUGUAAUGGGGAUCCGCCCGGCCAUCAAUCAUCCUGCAGAGUCAUAAAGCGCUCGGCGUGGAAUCCCGAUCAACUCCUGACUUCAUACUUAGCCGUUUUGUUUAUUAGGGUAAUGCGCCUAUGUUUUAAUCUUGCAGCCUGUAGGCAUUGUUUAAUAUUAGUAAUCUAUUUUUUUUACGAGGUAUUUUAUCGGGAUUUGGACAA